AUGGAUACCUCGACGCCUUUGCCUCCCGUCCCCCCCUCCCCGAUCUGCAACCCAGCCCCGCGGACGAUCCAGAUCGAGUUCCCGCAGCAUAGCUCCCUGCUGCUGGAAGCCCUGAACCGCCACAGGCUAGAGGGCAAGUUCUGUGAUGUGUCCCUCUUGGUGCAGGGCCGGGAACUUAGGGCUCACAAAGCAGUGUUGGCUGCUGCCUCUCCUUACUUCCAUGACAAACUUCUUCUGGGGGAUGCGCCACGUCUCACUCUGCCCAGCGUCAUUGAAGCCGAUGCCUUCGAGGGGCUGCUCCAGCUCAUUUAUUCCGGGCGCCUCCGUCUGCCACUGGAUGCUCUCCCUGCCCACCUCCUCGUGGCCAGUGGCCUGCAGAUGUGGCAAGUAGUAGAUCAGUGCUCAGAGAUUCUUAGAGAACUAGAAAACUCAGGUGGUGGAAUUUCAGCCCGGGGGGCGACCUCUUACCACACACUUCCUUCCACCACAUCCUCUCCAGGAGGCUGGUGCAUUCGCUCUUCCCCUUUCCAGACCCCAGUGCAGUCUUCCACUUCUACCGAGAGCCCCGUUUUAGGGGAGGGGAGCGAACUGGGCGAUGUGUUACAGAUUCAAGUUGAGGAAGAGGAGGAAGAGGAGGAGGAAGAAGAGGAGGAGGAGGAGGAGGACCAGGCGUCAACAGCACCCUCCCAGACUCCUCAGCCCCCGAGAGUAUCAGGAAGCUUUCCCUGCCCUCAUGGAUCUCACUCACUGCCCGUAUCCACUACGCCCCGCAGGGUUCCAGAGGGCGAGAGUGCACCCCUCGAGCCUCCUGCCCCUCAUACUGCACUGCCCCCCAAAGUCUUCUACAUUAAGCAGGAGCCCUCUGAGCCUAAAGAAGAGAUAUCAACAGGUGGAACUCAAUCUGGAGGAGCAAAGGAGGAGACCAAAGUGUUUCCUGGAGGGGACGCUGAAGGGAAUGGAGAGCUAGGGUUCUUGCUGCCCUCGGGAGCAGGGGCGACAUAUGGAGGAGGAGGAGGAGGAGGUCCAUCCUGGAAACCAGUGGAUCUUCAUGGGAAUGAAAUCCUCUCAGGGGGUGGGGGACCUGGGGGGGCAGGACAGGCUGUGCACGGGCCUGUGAAGUUAGGAGGUACACCCCCCGCAGAUGGAAAACGCUUCGGUUGCUUGUGUGGGAAGCGGUUUGCAGUGAAGCCAAAGCGUGACCGUCACAUCAUGCUGACCUUCAGCCUUCGGCCCUUUGGCUGUGGCGUCUGCAAUAAGCGCUUCAAGCUGAAGCACCAUCUGACGGAGCACAUGAAGACCCACGCUGGAGCCCUGCAUGCCUGCCCCCAUUGCGGCCGUCGGUUCCGAGUCCAUGCCUGUUUCCUUCGCCAUCGGGACCUGUGCAAGGGCCAGGGCUGGGCCACUGCUCACUGGACUUACAACUGA